AUGGCGGACUAUGUGGAUAAGAUAUAUUUGGCUUUCGAGCGAGUUUUGGAGUCCUUUAAACUUCAAAAUUUAAAAGAUUCUCAGCGAGAGGCACUGCAAAACCUAGUUAAAGGUCAGGAUGUGUUUAUUAUUCAGCCAAUGGGGUCUGGAAAAUCAUUAAUUUUCAGUCCACACCGAUCGUCUUCGACACAGUAAGACCUUUGUCGAAUGCGAAGUUUAUUGCACUUGUGAUUUCUCCCCUGGCAUCUCUUAUGCAAGACCAAGUGCGUUACCUUAAGUCUAUGGCAAUCAAGGCCGAGUUUAUAGGGGAUGAACAGGAAAGCAAAGAGGCUAAGCAACAACUAGAACGCGGGGAAUGCCAAAUCGUGUAUGGCUCACCCGAGACAUUUUUGUCUACCACAAGAUGGUGGGCAAUGCUCAGCAAGGAUGCCUACAAAAAGAGGUUGUGUUUGGUUGCAGUUGGUGAAGCUCACUGUAUUUCUCACUGGUAA